AUGCCAUUUUAUUUGCAUUUACUCAGUAAUCAAGAUGCUGUUUCCUGUUCAUGUUCGCAGUCAUAUGUUAAGACAUUGCUAGCAAAAGAUAAGAUCAAGUUGGUGAAAGAAUCAAUCAUUGAUGAUUUCUCCUUAUUAAUGUUCCGAGAUCUCGGUGAUUUACAGGUGACUUUCGAGGACGAGUUGAGAGCAGUGAAAGCAAAGGAAGAGGCAGAAGAAAAGAGGCGCAAGUAUGAGCAAAAUGUACGAUUAGGUUUGAUCAAAAAGAAAGGUCGCAAAAGUAAAGCACAAUUAGAGAAGGAGCGAAAACUUGAGAGGAGACGUCUACGACGGGAAAAAAAAGAACAGCGGCGGCAAGAACGUAAGGAAAAACGUGAACGUGAGGCUCGUGAAGGAACAAGUAUGGAUAGUGAAGAGCGACGGAUCCGUAGGGAAAGGAGGCGUGAACGAAAGGAAAGACGAGAACGUGAGGCAGAUGGUGAUGAAAAGAAAGAACGUAAACGGAAGCUGAAAGAUAACAAUGGAUUGAAAAAGUCGCUUCGACAGCAGGACAAUCUUUAUCAGUUAAGUUUAAUCUUUAACUAA